UACUUGACUGUAUUUUGUUUGUUACAGGUUGUGCGAGUGUUAGUGCGUGGUACUCCAUGAUAAUGGUGUGACUGUAGCCGGGCGGCCUAUAGCGUGACGCCCAUCUUCGGGCAGCCGUCACUUCUGGGGGCAUGGGAGUCCCCACUGAUGACGCGUACACGCACCCCUUUCUCGCGUGGCUGCUGCACAAUUUGCCCCAUUACAAUGUCACCUUCCACCUGGUCAACAGCACGUUCGAGCCGAACAACCCCAUCUAUCUUGAGAGCCUGGGCAUCUUGGCCUCGCUGCCGGCCGCCUGCUUGAUCCUCACCCUCCUGCUCCUUUUGGUCUACCUACUCACCCGCUGCUGCGAUCGUAGGCCACGCCCCCAACGCUCCAUCUCCGCCUUGAAGGCGGUGCUCGCCGCAACGGCCGUCGCGUGCUGCGCAUGCGUCGGCCUCGGUCUCUAUGGUAACGACGACGCCCACAACGGGGCGGUCGAAGCGCUUCAACAGGCGCAGCAGGUGGAUCAGUUGGUGGCGCGCGUGCGCAAUCACACGCUGGACAUCGAGAGGCAGCUCAGGGUGCAGGCGGAGAUACAGAUUAGGGAGAUACAGAAUGUGUUUCAGGUUCACACGUUAAACCAAAGCCUAUUUAAAACAGUGGAUGAAUACUUUAAAAAAUUGGUUGAAAACAGAAACUUGACAGCAAACGCGGCCAGGGACAUUCGCGCACCCCUAGCCGGUCUGAACCUCACCACGACCAUAGUCUUCGGUGAGAAGAUCGAGAGUAUAAGAUGGCCAGCUACGAUGGCAGUCCUGAGCGGUUUCUUGGUGCUGUUGGUGAUCCUGCUGUUGGGAGUGGCAAGACAUAACCGAUUCUUCCUGAUCGUGUUCUCGGUUUGUGGUCUACUAGCUGUCAUAAUGUCAUAUCUGAUGGCCAGCGUGUAUCUGGCAUCCAGUGUCGCUCUUGGAGAUCUGUGCAUGGCGCCGGAUAAGUUCAUUGAGGAUCAGGCCAGUUCGGAGCUUUCAAAGGAGAUCCUUAAGUACUACACGAAUUGCGAAAGAGCCAGAGCCAACCCGUUCACGCAACGCCUCCGUGAGGCCAAGACCACCCUGAUGAACAUGCGGAACAACCUAAACCUGAUGAUGAAGCCCGCCGAGUAUCUGUAUCCCAAAAAGGGCCUCGACACGAAGUUCAGCUCCCUGAGGAACGACAUCAACGCCGCUGACAACUUAAUCCACUCUCUGACCGCUCUCGUGGACUGCAGGACUCUCCACAUGCAUUACUUGAGAGGUGCCCGGGCAUUGUGUAACGUGGGAUUGCUGGGGCUGGCACUGAUGCUGGUGUCUGCUGUGCUGUCUGGGUUCCUGUUGACAGUUCUCGUGUGGGUAGACUCGCAUACUUGGAUAUACAUCAGAAAGAAGAAGGACUACCAGCAAGUAACCGAGACCGACCCAACGUACUUGCCUCCAUCCUCAGCCGGUAGCCAAGCCAUCGCCGCGAGGACACUUCAGCGGAGUCAAGGGUUGGCACGCCCACCUGACACCCCCCCGCCCAGCUACGCCUCGUUGGCAGUGCAUGCAGCCGCCCAGAACUCAUCCACAGCAUCCGCACCCCCACUACCGCAUGAGGCUGACUUGCUAUUACUGUACGAUGGAUGUGAUCAACGUUCCAGUGGUGACCAUCAUCAUCACCAUAGAGGACCGCCAGGGAGUGGAGGGACCCACAUGUCACACUUGCGUGGACAUACACUAGGAAGGCUCCCCUCCCAUCACCAUGAUAGUGGUACACUCCAUGGACCCAACAACGGCAAAUACGCCACACUCACCAAGCAGUGCAAGACGCUUGCAAACCCGGAGUGCUACUGAGAUAGGGCUGCCUGCAAGGAAUUCCCAAACUUUAAGGGUUCCAAAGCGGACCACCAACAGCAGCAUCAGCAACAGCGCCAACAGCAACAGCAAUCGCAAGCCGGUCAGAAGAAGAGCGAAGAACAACUAGCGCCGGCCCCACGUACCGCCAACAUCAACAAGUACAGCUCGCUGGGCAGACGUCCUCUGCCCCAAACGCCGGACGAGAAGGGCGGCAGGAAGCAGCCCCCGGUCGCCGUGCCCAAGGUGCCCACUGCCAGUAUUGAGACGCCGCUCAAUCCGGCCAAUUUCAGGUCGCUCCAGAGAGGCGCUUGGCAAGACGGCGUGAGCUCCUUCCAGCCCAACACGCAGUUCCGGUCUCUGCAACGAGGCUUGGCCAUUGGCCAUCAAUCUCAGUUCCGGUCGGCCAAGAUCCAGGACCAGACGCAGAGCGCUGAAGCCAUGUACGCGAAUAGUGAAAGCGAACGGCAGUUGUACGCUGUUACUGAGCUGUAGAUGCAUUUUUGUUUCGUUCACCUGUUUGGGAAAUGCAGGCAGCAAAAUCGGUACAAUAGUAACGGUUUUCGUUUUUUUUUUAUUAUUUCGAUGUUACAUCAAGAGGUUGUUGGAGCAAUCUCAGAAUCUGCAGCAGUGAUAAAUCCAAGGUUCAAAUGCUGUUUAUAUCAAAGUUUAUUAAUAAAGAAGUACGUUAAACCAUUGUUUAACGAUAAACAUUAUCCGAGAUGAAAUGAAAUACCAUGGCACCAUAUAUAAGAACUUGUCGCAGUUAUGUUUCUCCUCUCCGCAAUAAUUAGAAUUCUACUUUGGAACGGUUAGUGUCUCGUAGAAGGCGCUAUAGCCAAUUUAGGCUGAUGUAUGCUUACAUAGUCGGCUAUAUUUGUGACAAAUCCUCACAGAUGACGCCAUGAUAUCUCAUUUAAUCUCUGAUUUUUUUUUAGACGCCAGAAUAUAUGUUGCCUACGGCCAUAUUUCGGCUUGUGAUUGAAUAACUCAUUUUAUUAUAUGAAGUGCCCCAAUAAAAUACGAAGAUGAUUGGUAAUCUGUAAGUAAUAGUAUGAUGCUACUUUCUCAAGUGUACUUGACCCUAAAGAUGUUACCGUGCUGUUGGUAAUGUUGGCAAAACAUCAUUAACCCAAGUAUUUUUUGCUUAUAACUUUGGUCAAAAUUAUGCCAGAAGAAUCUAACUUCGUACUAGAGUUAAAGGUUUUUGCUGCUUGUUGGUGGUGUUAACUCUGACUGGUCGUCUUUCUCUAUUAACCAGUUUUGGUAUAAACUGCAUUUAAACCAUAGAUUUCUCAGGGUUAUCAACGCGUUAUGGAAUCUGUGCCUAUGAAGCUACCAUUGUUUACCUUUCAGCUGUAUUGUUACCGAUUUAAUGAAAGUUUCCAUUCAAGCCUGAACUACAUACAUCUCGUAAUAUUUUUGCUGUGCAAAAAUUAAAAUAGUGCUACUCUUUAUUGAUGAGGGUCCUAAUUUUUUAAUGAUUAUGCUCCACUAACUAGUAUGAUUUCACGUAGUGUUUUGAUAUUAUUAACCUCUUGAUGGGAACUAUUGACUGUGUGUCUGUCUAAAUUGAUUUUUUUCUCCCCUUUAGUUUAUCUAAACAAUUUAGACAAGUCACAUAAGUGCCAUUCGUAUUUUUUUACGAAUAAGAUCUCGAAUAUAUACAUUACCAUAAAAUAAUUUUUGCACAAAUUCCACGAGCUACGCUCUGAUAUAGAUUAUCAAAAUGCAAACACAACACACUCAACUCACAGCGCAAAGAUUCUUUAAAAAUCAACACUGUGCCAAAGGAUUAGCCCAGAUCCUAGGAAAAUUACAUAAAAACUUGUCAGCUUUUGAGAAAAUGAUGGCUUUAUUAGCACUUUCGAUAAUUUGUGUAAAGUAACAUUGUUCAUCCACGAAAGGUCAAACUGAGGUUUUUUAAGUUUUUCUGGGCUAAUCUGUGUAGCUUACAAAAACAUAUGACUGAUAACUUCCAUUCCAUUUUUAUUGUGUAUUUUUUACUUGUCACAAUAUACAUGGUAUACAGGUGCGACUACUACACCUUGUAUAUUUUUGGAAUUCUGAUGUUAGAGGGAACAAACUAUAAUACGAAAAUUGACCUCAAAGUUGUAAACUAUUGCUCAUUACUUGAUCCGUGACGUACGUACUGAAACUAACUAUAUGAAAAUCGUUUAGACGUAUGAACGUUUAUAACUGAACUGUACUAUUAAUUUCGUGUAGUUUACGCUAAUACUAAAAGUAGAAAACUUUGCGGUUGUAAAUUGUCAUUUUAACACAAAUUCCAUCAAUUUUGUUAACUCACAGGAAAUCGCGUGUCAAUGGAAUAAGAAGAACUAUUUGAUCAACACUGUGUUAUUCAAAUCAAAUGUAGUUUGAUGUUUUAUUAUGGGGUUUUACGUUUUGCAACUAGAAAGACAUAUUUGUGAAAUUUGUUUAGUAUUUUCUAGCGAAUGUAAUCAAAAUGUUUUAUUUUCGAAAAAUGCUUAAGGAUGGGUAUGAAUUCUUAUUCACUUGCGAAAGCACAAUAUUUUUUUUAAAAUAAUCUAUUCAAGUUUCGAACUUUUUUAAUUAAAUGCGAAUUUGGUAUUGAUAAUAAUGUAGGUAUUACGAAUUUUCAUGAUCAUCUCAUCACGUAAGUGUUUAGACAAAUACUGUAGCAAGAUCAUUUUCUAAAAGCAUCACUAGAGUGUGUUACAUUUUGGCCUACAGGAUAAUACAUUCGAAUAUUGAAAGGCGCCUUAUAAAUGCAUUGAAAUGUUUGUUAUUAAACAGUUUCAAUACAUUUGUAGCGGUGUACCUGUUCAUUUCUCAGUCUAUUAUUAAUGUGGUAUUUUCGAUAUACAAAAUAGGGUAUACCUGAUAAUUGUGAAUAAUGGCAAUACACCAUCUUGAUGUCUGUUUAAUUGUCAAAAUAAUAUUAACUGAAAAUGAGAUAGAAUAUAAUUAACUGAAAAUGAGGGAGAAUAUAAUUAAUUUGAUACAUACAACUAGUAUGGCAGUCUCAUAGGACCAUUUUAUAUUUUAGGAAAACAACUUUUGGACAUAGUGGGUGUCUGACAUAAAAUGAUCUUGACUGUGACAAACACCAGGAUAUUGUAAUUGCCGAUCCUUAUGAAUUUGUAUAUUUGUGAGGACAAAAUAGUGUAUAACUGCCAAAGAGUAAAGAUUUGAUGUUAUGGAAGAAUGUACGGAUGAAUGUUUUAAUAUUAAGAAAUGUGUAUCAUCCUAGGUAAAAUUAAAACUUAAUCAAUUAUAAUUUUGGUCAUGUGCGAAAAUACAGUCCAAGCAAAUAUUGUGACUACCCAUUUGCAAGGUACUAAUCUGUUUGUAAAACAAUUUCAGUAGGUACUAAUAGUGCAAUAAUUGCUACAUUAUUCCAAAAUCGGCUAAGUCAGAUGGGGACCUAGGAAUUUUGUAUGGCCUAGUUCAGAUAUAUAUUCUUCAUAAUGAUACCAGAAUACAUUAUCGUCUUCAACCUCUAUUAAAAAUUCGAGACGAUAUAAUAGCGGAACCGGUAGUCACAUAAAUGUAUUACAGGACUAUUUUUUAUAGUUUUCAUAUAUUUAGUAGCUUUAUACAUCGAUACAGGCCUGUAAAAACACUGUACCUUGCGUUCAAUAACCGGGUCAAGCUUUAUAUUUAUCAAUUUAACUCUUUUGUACAUUCAGUUUCGUUGUAAUAUAUUUCACUACCCAGAUAUAUUUAUUUAUACUUUUAAGCUACAAGAUUAAUGUAUUAUGUCAUUGUAUAGUAUGUUUAUGUAAUAAAAAAUCAAUUUUC